UCUUACUCUGAAAGAACCCGGAAGCGGGCGCGUUGAUUGUUCUGGACGGCCCGUUGACUCCUGGUCCCGGUCCCGCUCAGCCUCCGGUCGUCGCCAUGGUGCAGAUGAUGGAGUCGCAGUGCGAGUACUUCAUGUAUUUCCCGGCGGUGCCCAUCACCGACCUGUCGGACCCGGCCCGGUACCGGAGCCUGCCCCGCCGCAGCCACCUCUACCUGGGCGAGACGGUCCGCUUCCUGCUGGUGCUGCGCUGCCGGGACGCGGCGGCGGCGACACCGAGCGAGCAGGGCCCCGCAGGGGGCGCUGACGCCACAGCGGCCGCUUUCGGCACCGAGUCGCCCAGCAGCCGGGCGUGGCGGGAGCUGGCCGGCUCUCUGAGCGCCGUGGCCAGCGUGAGUCCGGGCGAGAACAGCCGUCACCGGGGCAACCACCACCAGGACUACCAGAGCAGCGGCGACGAGGACGGAGACGACGACUACAUGGCGGCGGCGGAGGCGGCCAUCGCGGCGCUGGGCAGCAGGGUGGACUCCCGCUGCCGCAGCUUCAGGGACUGCAAGCCGCUGCUCAUCCACAACUCGUCCGGGACGGCGUCCAGGGAGUUCCGCCGCGCUCCUGUUCAGUCUCCUCUGGACGAGCCGGUGGUCCUGACAGAAGAGGUGAUCUUCCCCCUCACCGUGUCUCUGGACAAGCUUCCCGUCAGCACCCUGAAGGUGAAGGUCAUGGUGACCGUGUGGAAGAAGGAGGCAGAGAAGGUGGAGGUGCAGGAGCUGGGAUACCUGAGCGUCCUGCAGCACCGAGAACCGACGCACACCUUCAGACACGACCUGAACACCUUCAAAGCUCAGGUGAGCACCACCCUGACCGUCCUGCCGCCCCCCACCGUCCGCUGCAAACAGAUGACCGUUUCUGGGAAGCACCUGGCCGUCCUGAAAGUCCUGAACGAGUCGUCCCAGGAGGAGCUGAGCAUCCGGGACGUGCGGAUCCUGCCCAACCUGAACGCCUCCUACCUUCCCAUGAUGCCCGACGGCUCCGUGCUGCUGGUGGACAACGUCUGCCAUCAGUCCGGCGAGGUCGGCAUGGCGUCCUUCUGCCGCGUGGACAGCGGGGCCUGCCGCCUUCCCAGCAUGCUCGGCGCUCUGGAGGAGCACGACUUCCUGUUCCAGCUGCACCUGAACGACGUUCCGCAGGACGACUCUAACGAGGGCUUUGAGGUUCCUUUGGUGGCGGUGCUGCAGUGGUCCACUCCCAAGAUGCCGUUCACCAACUGCAUCUACACCCACUACAGGCUGCCCAGCAUCCGUCUGGACCGGCCCCAGUUCGUCAUGACCGCCAGCUGCCCCAGCUCCGUCAAGGUCAAAGAGGACUUCAAGGUCAAAUACGUCCUGAUCAACAACCUGCAGGAUUUCCUGGCCGUCCGGCUCCUCUGGACUCCUGAAGGUCGCGGUCGGGGCGAGGACGCCACGCUGGCGCCGGUGGUUUGUCACACGCCGCUCAGCAACCUGGGUCACUGUCGCAAAGGCAGCACGCUGUCCUUCAGCGUGUCCUUCCAGAUCCUCAAGCCGGGACUCUACGAGCUGAGUCAGCACAUGAAGCUAAAGCUUCAGUUCACAGCUUCAGUUUCCAACCCUCCUGCUGACGCCCGGCCGCUCUCACGUAAAAACAGCCCGUCCAGCCCGGCCGUCCGUGACCUGCUGGACCGGCACCAGGCCAGUCUGGGCCGAUCCCAGUCCUUCUCGCACCAGCAGCCGUCCCGCUCGCACAUCAUGAGGACGGGCAGCGCCAUGGAGCGGCGGGCCAUCACGCCGCCGGUCGGCUCCCCGGUGGGCCGGCCGCUCUACCUGCCGCCGCAGGACAAGUCGCUGCUGGCCGUGGACAAGAUCGCCAAGAGGGAAUGCAAGGUUCUGGUGGUGGAUCCAGUCAGCUAGGUUUCAAACCGGCAACCGAACAAAAAGAUGUGAAACUACUGAAGAGACGAAACGCUGGACUGUCCUGCUGGAAGGUUUCUGGGAGGCUUAACUGUAAUUUAUUUAUUGUUUUAAGGCGUCUGCAGGCAGCAUUAGCGGUCCUGAACAUUUCCUGAAAGUCACUGAGUAUUACGGUUCUGCAGACGUUCUGGUUCUGAUCCAGCCUGCAGAACCGAGCUGGAAACCCAGAGUUGCUUCAUCAAGUGUUACCUCGUUGGUUCUGUGGUGUUUUUAACGGUGCAGCUUCAGCUUCACCAGCUUCUGUUUACAAUCAGCAUGGCUGUCGUUCCUCUGCAGGUUACCGAACGUCAAAUAAACCCGAGAAACUGUCCUGUUCACUGGAAAACAACCUCCUGCUGAGAUCCCUACAAUACAGCUCCCUGCU